UUUCUUUUUACCUCCAACAGGAGUUGGUGGCUAUUCUUACCUAUAUGAGCCACUCUGGUGGGCAGGCAUGAUAACAAUGAUUGUGGGAGAAGUUGCUAAUUUUGCAGCUUAUGCAUUUGCUCCGGCUAUCCUGGUUACUCCUCUUGGUGCACUAAGCAUAAUAAUCAGUGCUGCAUUAGCACAUAUUAUUUUGCGGGAGAGACUACAUAUUUUUGGUAGUCUUGGUUGCGUUUUAUGUGUUGUGGGAUCAACAACAAUUGUUCUUCAUGCCCCCCAAGAACGGGAAAUUGAAUCUGUAACGGAGGUCUGGGAUUUGGCUACUGAACCAGCCUUCCUAUUCUAUGCAGCUCUGGUAAUGGCAGCAGUAUUUGUACUUAUAUUUUAUUUCAUACCCCAGUACGGGCAGACACACAUUAUGGUGUAUAUUGGUGUCUGUUCUCUAGUUGGAUCUCUUUCGGUCAUGAGCGUGAAAGCUCUUGGAAUAGCUCUGAAGUUGACAUUUUCAGGGAUGAACCAGCUAAUAUAUCCACAAACAUGGGCAUUUACUAUUGUCGUAAUUACAUGUGUGAUUACUCAAAUGAACUAUUUGAAUAAGGCCCUUGAUACAUUCAAUACAGCAGUUGUUUCACCUAUAUAUUACGUGAUGUUUACAUCAUUAACAAUUCUGGCUAGCGUCAUCAUGUUCAAGGACUGGGAUCGGCAAAACCCAACACAAAUCAUGACUGAAAUGUGUGGCUUUGUAACAAUUCUUUCUGGAACCUUUCUCCUUCACAAGACAAAGGACAUGGUUGAUGGUCAUUCACCAUCUCUUUCAUCACGACUCCCGAAACACGCAGAUGAGGAUGGCUACUCGGAAGGAAUUCCUCUUAGAACUCAAGAAUCUUUCAGGUUGUCAUGACGUGUUACGAUCUCCUUUUGCUUUUACCAUUCACAUGUUUGUAAAGAGCUCACAAUUCUUUACUCCUGAAACAAGAAAGUGCAGUGGAGUCUUUGGAUAUCCACUGUUGUAGUCUUUUAUCCCUUUACACGUGGACAUUGUAAAGAAAUGUAUGGAUACAGAUUGUUGAUUAUAUAGUCUGUAUUUUUAUUUUUCUUAUGAAGUAAUUCACACCUAUACCUUGUAUUUGAACGUUGGUCCACUAACAUGAGAAAAUUCCU